AUGGAAUCUCAAACAGGAACUCAAUUAGGUAAUACUCCUUCUACCACUACUGCUACUGCUGCACCACCAACAACAACACCAGCAGUUGUAGAGUCGACAUCGACAGGAGAACCAGCUAAAUUAAGUGUUGGUCAAAAGAAGAGACUUAAAGAAAAGGCUAAAAAAGAAGCUGCUAGAUUAGCAAAGGAGAAUGAAGCUGCCACCCCUGUAGCCGAUGUAAAGGAAGAUGAAGAAUCUAAACAUCAAAGAAAGAUGGAUUGGGCACUCUAUCAAUUGGAAUUGGGUCAACAAAGAAAGGGUGCUACUAGAGAUCAAUUGGAAGAAUCAAGACAAGUUGUUCGUAAAUUACUCUCACCAAAGAGUACAUUGGUUCAAAAGGAACACUUGAUGCACGUUGUAUUUGGUGGAAAGAUUGAAAAGUAUAUGAAAGAGAUGCCAAUACCAAAGGAAUAUUUGGCAAAGAAACAAAAGGAAAAGGAUGCUCUUGCUGCCGUUACAGCUGCUACUGCCGCUGCCUCAAUAUCCCCAUCAACAUCAUCAACCCCAUCAUCAACCACAUCUGCUGACGGAACCACCACUACUACUGGUACCGUUUCCGAUGAACCUACUGUUGAAUCAAAUUAA